AUGCUAUUGGAUGAUCAUGUCGUGGAAGAGCGUCUUAGUGUGUGGCAAAAGAAGAAGGUGCGCACGUAUGUUGUGAACGGGCGCUCCAAGGUAUCCUCCCGGCGCUCUAUAGCAGGUGCCCUUGCCAUUGCGAAACCGUAUGAACGCAUUGAACUGGUGGGCGGGGAGUACUUUGAAACCAUUUCCAUCAACAUACCUCUGGAGAUUGUUGCUGCAGAGGGUGAGGACCCACGUAUUUUUUCACGUGGCCCAUGUUUGACAAUUACGCAGGACGUGGAGGUGUACUUUGAGCAUGUGGAGUUUGUCUCAAAGGGCAAAAGCAAAUUGGACUCGGCGGUUGCCCUUAUGAAUGGCAAAUCCGUUUUUUUUCGGUGCAAGAUGAAUUCCAUUCUCAUUGGCGGUGUUGCCAGGCCUGUUUUGGAGCAGUGUACCAUCACGGAAAGCUACAAUGGCUAUGGGAUCCAAAUAGGAGGCGCAGGUGGGGCAGAAAUACACCACUGCACCAUCCACACGCAUAGUGCAGCCUGCGUGGAAAUAGAUACAAAAGGCGUAGUUCUUCUGAAGAGCUGCACCAUCCGUCAGCCCUCCAAUGGAGGUCACGCAGUAAAGGUGCAUGCGACGCAAAGUGGCUUUGAUGAUAAAAUCCCAGUGGAAAACCUUGCCUGCAAGAAAGUGUCUAUCAGCAAAUGUCGUAUCUAUGUCACGUCGGAAAUUUUUAGACCGAAGGAGCGCGAGUGGAUGGUAACUGAAAAACUUAUUGGGCUACCGAGCUGUGUACUUGUCUCGCGAGGCGCGUGCCCGGUAUUCACCUACAAUGAAAUCCUCGAGGGAUUUAUUGGAGUAACGUUUGAGUCUGCAGGCGCCACGGUACUAGAAGGAAAUUCUAUAUACAAUCAAAAGAGUUGUGGCAUCCUUGUUCUUGUGGACGAAAAAAGUCCUUACCCGGAUGCAAAACAAAAUCUUCGUAUAUCAGGUGGCAAUGUGAUCGAUCGGUGCCUAAUAGGGAUAGACGUACAUUGUCUGAGUAAGGUGAAGGCGUUUUCUGGUCCCGCUCAGGAAAUUCUUCUUUCACAAGAACUUCCAUCUUCAGGAAAAGCAUUUGAUUGGAUUGAAAAGGUGCAUCAUUUGGAAAAAUCGAAAUCUUUUUCACAGGGAGACAAGAAAAUGGAUUGUACCCUUUAUUUCAAUGGGCGCAAGAUGAAGUUAUCCGAGUUGAAAGAUGAUCUGUGUACACUUGCCAAAUUGGUAUGUGCGGGACAUCCUUCCCAUUUUGGCAGUGGUGAUGCCUCAGAUGAGCGUCAUGGGAAUAAUGGAGGCAAUCCAUUGAAGGACAUCCUUCAAGAAACAUUUAAAAUAUCACUUCCUUUGCCAAACGCCGCGGGUUGUGCGGCACAGUUGUUGAACCUUCGUGGAACCAGAGGUGUGGAUAUAGUGGAUACUCGAUUUUCUGGAUGUGAGCUGUGUGCCAUUCGUUUUGGACCGGAUGGCUAUGGACUUGUUGAAGACUGCGAUUUUAUCAAUUCUGGAGCAACUGCCAUUGUGGUGAGCGGUGGAGCCCAUCCAUUGAUUGUGGGAUGUAAAUUUGAAAGUUCCAAGGGGGCAAGCAUAUUUGUGGAUAACUUUUCUAAUCCUCUCAUUAUGGGCAACGAAAUCUCGCAUAAUGCAGAAAAUGGAAUUGAAUUUUGUAACUUGUCUCGUGGAAUUGUGAUGGGAAAUAUUAUAUUUGGGAAUACCUUGAGUGGGAUCCUUGUGACAGGCGGAAGUACCACAACGAUCGUCGGCAAUUUUAUUCAACACGGUCAAGGGGAUGGUGCGACGGUAACUGGUGGAAGCAAACCGGUACUCAUGAUGAAUAAUUUUCUAUCAAACUCUAAGUCUCAGUUGAUGGUGUCGGAGUACUCGACGCCUUUUAUUACACAAAACACGUUUACAUACGGAGCCGGUUGUGGUAUUCGCUUUGAAUCCUGUUGUGGAGGAACCGUGCUGGACAACACCAUCUCAUAUAACGACCGGGGGAUUGUGGUGGAGCUGGACGGGGAUCCUUAUGUAGAGUCGAACAAAAUCUCAAACAGUAAACGCCAUGGUGUAAUGGUGGGAAACAUGGUCUUGGCACAUUUGUGUCAACGAG